AAUCUUCCCCCUCUUUCUCGUCAGGUGAACUCGUGGAGCGGUUCCAUCGAGAUUGGCGUGACGGCGCUGGACCCCGCCGGGCUGGACUUCCCCAGCAGCGCCACAGGCCUUAAGGGCGGUUCCUGGAUCGUGUCGGGCUGCUCGGUGCUACGCGACGGCCGCUCGGUCCUGGAGGAGUACGGCCGCGACCUCGACCAGCUAGCCGAGGGCGACCGGGUGGGCAUCCAGCGCAGCUCCCGCGGGGAUCUCCACCUCUGGGUUAACGGGCAGGACUGCGGUGCGGCCGCGAGCGGCUUGCCGCCCAAGCUCUGGGCAGUGGUGGACCUGUACGGAAAGUGCACUCAAGUGACUGUGGUGAGCUGUGAGCCACCCUCAGCAGAGAAAGAGACAAUAGAGCAGGAGGACGAGGAGGACGAGGAUGAGGAGGAUGAGGAGGAAGAGAUGGUGGUGUGCGGGGGUCAAGGGGAUGUAGGGAUCACGGCACUGAUGAAUGUGGCAGCAAUGAAUGGAAUGAUGAAUGGAGAUGAAGUGCCUGAGCUUAGCUGCAGUCACAGCAGACCAGACAAGUUCCCCAACAACCUGGAGCCUGACACAGUUCUAACAGAGCACCAGCUCUUUGAUGUGUUCAACAACGCAAUAGUAUCUUUUUAUCGCGCUGAGGAUGAGGGUGGAGGGGGAGAUGGUGGCGGUGGAGGAGGAGCAGGAGGCGGCGGCAAUGCAGGAACUGACUCCUCUGCCAGAAAUGACAGAGGGAGCAGCAGCGGCAGCAGUGGAGGAGGCGCGGUCAACAGCGACAGUGGGGUGGCGACAACAGGAGGAGGAGGAGGAGGAGCUGGAGAAAGUGGAAAUACUAAUAACAGCCCGGCUGGUAACGGAGGGGUCGGGCCAGGGGUUGUGACAGGCGGGAUGACCACCAACGACGCACUGCUGUUCCACGAGAAAUGUGGCACACUGAUCAAACUGAGCAACAACAACAAAACGGCGGAGCGGAGGAGACCACUGGACGAGUUCAACAACGGCGUGGUGAUGACAAACCGGCCGCUCCGACACAACGAGAUGUUUGAGAUCCGCAUUGAUAAGCUGGUGGACAAGUGGUCAGGCUCAAUAGAGAUCGGCGUGACCACACACAAUCCCAACAACCUGGACUAUCCUGCAACCAUGACCAAUCUGCGCUCAGGUACAAUCAUGAUGAGUGGCUGUGGGAUACUGACCAAUGGGAAAGGAACCCGCAGGGAAUACUGUGAAUUCAGCCUUGAUGAACUUCAGGAGGGAGAUCACAUAGGGUUGAUGCGCAAAGCAAGUGGAGCGCUCCAUUUCUACAUCAAUGGCAUAGACCAAGGUGAGACACGUCGGGACACUUCAUGAUGUGUUGCGGCAGCCCAGACCCCCGGUGUGGUCUAUGGUGUGGUCGAUCUCUACGGCAUGGCCGUCAAAGUCACCAUAGUCCACAACCACAACCACAGUGACCGCCUCAGACGCAACAACGCCAUCAUGAGGGCUUUAUCGCCCGACGUCGGCCGGCCCAGGCCCUCUCUUUCCCUCACGCCAGACUCGGAGGGGCCCGACCGACUUCUGUUCCACUCCAACUGUGGCCAGAAGGCCGCCAUUAUCAGUGAGGGCAGGACGGCGCUGCGCCCACAUGCGACUGAUGACUUCAACCAUGGCGUGGUCCUGAGCAGCCGGCCGCUGCGCUCCAACGAGGUGUUCCAGGUUCGGAUUGACAAGAUGGUGGACAAGUGGGCGGGUUCCAUCGAAAUCGGUGUCACAACGCACAACCCUGCAUACCUGCAGCUGCCCUCCACCAUGACCAACCUGCGCUCAGGGACGUGGAUGAUGACGGGGAACGGCGUGAUGCACAACGGAACGACAAUACUGGAUGAGUAUGGACACAACCUGGACCGGCUCAAGGCAGGUGACACAGUAGGCGUAGUGCGGAAAGAAGAUGGUAGCCUCCACUUCUUUGUAAACGGUGUGGCUCAGGGUCCAGCAGCCUGGAACGUCCCUCCCAGUGUCUACGCCGUGGUCGACCUCUACGGCCAGGCUGCUCAGGCCACCAUCAUGGACGACAUGGUGGACCUCCCCCCUCUCCCAGAGGACAGCUCAGAGGGCCCCACGGCCAUGUCCCCCGGGAGCCCCUGCUCAGUAGGAGGGGCCAGCACCACCAACGACCUGCGUUUCCACCACCUACACGGCACCAACGCCGUCAUCACCAAUGGGGGGCGCACCGCCCUGCGGCAGAACUGCCGCAGCGAGUUCAACGACGCUAUUGUCAUUUCCAACAGGUGCCUUCGAGAUGGGGAGCUGUUUGAAAUUGUUAUUCAGAAGAUGGUGGACCGCUGGUCGGGAUCAAUAGAAGCAGGAGUGACGGCCAUCAGGCCAGACGAGCUUGAGUUUCCCAACACUAUGACUGACAUCGACUAUGACACUUGGAUGCUCAGUGGAACGGCCAUCAUGCAGGAUGGCAACACGAUGCGCAACAACUACGGUUGUGACCUGGACUCCCUGACCACAGCCUCACGAAUUGGCAUGAUGCGCUCAGCUACUGGUGACCUCCACUAUUACAUCAACGGCAUGGACCAAGGUGUCGCCUGCUCCGGUCUGCCACCAGAGGUGUAUGCUGUGAUCGACCUGUAUGGUCAGUGUGUUCAGGUGUCCAUCACCAGUUCCUCAGGCCCACUGGACAACAGCCUCUGUACCAGCAAUAUCACAGAGAAGAGCUUCCCCAUCCACUCACCAGUAGCAGGCGUGGCCCAUCGGCUCCACAGCAAACACGGCAAGAACGUGGUGCUGCUGGGUGAUGGCUGCCAGGCCGUCAGAGUUGGUGGCUAUGCUCAUGGCAUUGUGUUCAGUGGGAAGGAACUCAAAGCAGACGAGCUGUUUGAGGUGAGGAUUGAUGAGGUGGAUGAGCAGUGGUGCGGUUCGCUGCAUAUCGGUCUGACCACACUGGCACCCCCGGAGCUGCCGUCCUGCCCGCUGUCAGGUCUCUCCCCCUCCCUCCCGCAGCUUCGCACCAAGGUCACCUGGCUGCUCUGUGGCUCUGAGGUCCGUCGCAACGGUGUGCUGCAGCGCCAGAACUACUGCUGUUCACUGGACCGGCUGACGGUCGGGAACCGUGUGGGUGUGAAGAGGUGCAGCGACGACACCAUGCACAUCUUCAUCGAUGGAGAAGACAUGGGACCUGCAGCGACUGCAGUAGCCAAGAAUGUGUACGCAGUUUUGGACCUGUAUGGACGGAUAACGGCAGUGUCCAUCGUGAGCGCUUCGUUGAUGGAGGACAUGGAAAGCGUCAAGGCGCCCUCGCUCUCCUCAGACAGCUGCAGCGAAGGAGAGGAGGACAGCACCCCCGUCAGAGAGGUGGAGACGGAGCCGUGUGCGCUGGUGCCCACCGUCAUGGCGUUCCUGAACCACGGCAAAAACAUCCAGCUGUCCAACCAGAACCUGACAGCGGCCAGAGUAUCCAGCUACAACCAGGGUCUGCUGGUCACUGCGCAGCCGCUGGCUCGCCAGCAGCUGUUCCAGUUUCAGAUCGACCGUCUGAACCCGUCAUGGACGUCGUCGCUGUCGUUAGGGGUCAUAGGUCACUCCCCCGACCGUCUCAACUUCCCCUCCACAGCGUGUUGUCUGAAACGCUCCGCCUGGCUGCUGCAGAGAGACUCUGUCUUCCACAACUCUCUAAAGACUUGUGAGAACUAUGGUCCUAAUCUGGACACUUGUCCGGAGGGGACGGUGUUGGGUCUGCUGGUGGACGCCAACAGUUGUCUUCACCUCUACGUCAAUGGCAUGGACCAGGGUGUGGCAGCGCAGGACAUUCCUUCGCCCUGCUACCCCUUCAUCGACCUCUACGGCCAGUGUGAACAGGUUACUAUAGUUACAAACAACGUGCCAGCUGUGGAUGGAGAGAGCGGUGAGGCCCGUUGUCAGGGUGACAUGGAGAAGGCGGACAUGGUUGACGGAAUCAAAGAGAGUGUGUGCUGGACACCGCCUCCCGAGGUCAACCCCAACAAGACCUGCGAGUACCAGGCGCUGUGCUCGCGCUUCAAGGAUCUGCUCACGUUACCAGAUGGAUAUUUUAACGAAGACGCGAAGUACAACCUGUGCUACUGUGAGUCCUGCCACAAGCUCCGGGGUGACGAGGCAUACUACAAAAGAGGAGAGCCGCCGCGGGACUACGCCCUACCCUUCGGAUGGUGCCGUUUCGCCCUCAGGAUCAAGCCCCACUGUGAGGUUUCUAAUGCACUGAAGAAGUGGCACAUCGCGUACCACGGCACCAGCGUAGGAGCUCUGCGACGUACGCUGGACCACAGCCAGCUGCUGGCUGGGACGUCGUCCAUCUUCUCAGUGUCCCCGGUAAAGGCGGAGGGGCCUAACGGCUACAGCGAGCCAGAGGAGAACAGCGCCCCCGGCAGGGAGGUUCCCAGAGUGCGGCUCUCUCCCACUAUGCGCUACUCCGGCAUGGAGAUCUUUGCCCCUAAAGUGCAAUUCCAGGACCCCCGUUCUCACCGCUGCCACCAGGCUCAGGUGGGAUUCCAGGUGUGUGUGCGUCCCGGCUCCUACAAGGUGGGACCCCAGACGCUUGGCCACAGCGAGCCCCUUGACCCUCGCUUCAGCAACUCAGAGAUCGAGUGGAUCACUAAGGAGCAGGGCGGCACGCUCCUCUACGGACUGCUCAUCCGGGUCGAGUGACCGGAGCGGGCGCGGGAGGCAUUCGGGUACAAGUGUGGGGAGGGGGGGGGGGGAGUCCGUUUGGCGCUCCUCGUACUUUUAAAUGAACUGACAACCAAAUCCAACCCCUGCCUUGAGCGAGAGACUCCUCUGGAAUCCAGCUGUUCCUACUGUGGAUUGUUGACAAUUCAGCAUUAUUGAUUUGUUUUGUUUAUUUAGUUGGUUUUUGGUUGUUUGCUCUUGGACUCUUUUAAUGGCCGGGGGCGACGGCGGUUUCAAAGAAGAACAGACACUGCCUGCACUUUAUGUUUCAGACACUCGUGGGCGAUUUUUAAACUAACUUCUCAUCGACACAACAUGUUGGUUCAUUCGCUAAAGUUAGUUAUGUUGCCACAUUUUUGUUCUCAUUCUUCCAACUUGUUUUCUUCCACCCUCAAACAGCUUUUUUUUUUUUUUGGCAUUUAUUUUAACACUUGUCACCUCUGCUCUGGUCAGUGUUUUAUUUUAGGGGGCGCUGUCCCCUGCGAAUCUGCACGUUUAUGGACUGUCACCUAAAAAGACUGAAACGUGGGUAAAAGAAAAUAAAUAAAAAAAUACAAAAAUAGAAGGAAAAAAACCAGACACUUGAAUCUGAGAAUGAACCCAAGAGUGUCUUGUGAUUGUCUUUGAGGGGUGGGGAUUUUAAAACUGGAGGAAGAAAAAAAAA